AUGCUGGGAGUGGACAUGUACCCCAGUUUGGCCCUUGGCCCCAGACUCGGAGACUGCUACUACCGAGAUCGAGAGCCCCCAGCCCGUGUGCCCCUGUACCCGCCAUCAUGUGACAUGGUGGCCCGAAGCUUGCCCCCUCGCCUUCUAGCCCCACCCCCUCCAAACAGAGAGACAUCUAUGAAAGCUCAGGGCACUGUGAAGUUGGAGUUGGAGGAUGCAUCGCUAUGGAAACAGUUCACCACUGUUGGCACUGAAAUGAUCAUCACCAAGAAGGGCAGACGGAUGUUUCCCCCGCUGAAGGUGAAACUAUCAGGCUUGAACCCGUCUCUGCGUUACAUUCUUCUGUUAGACAUUGUACCCGUAGACUCCUCCCGCUACCGUUUCCAAGACGACAGCUGGCAGGUGGUAGGUGGGGCCGAGGCCCGACUUCCAGACCGGGUUUUCAUCCAUCCUGACUCACCUGCGACUGGAGAACACUGGCAGAACCGCACUAUAUCCUUUCACCGAGCCAAACUUACCAACAACACACUGGACACACAAGGACACAUCAUUCUCCACUCUUUGCACAAGUACCAGCCACGGUUGCAUGUGAUUGAGGCCAGAGAUGUGCUGAUGUGGGGAGGAGCUCAGCAUUCCUUCACCUUCCCAGAGACCCAGUUCAUCACUGUUACAGCCUACCAGAACAACAAGAUAACUGAGCUGAAGAUCAAUUCCAAUCCAUUUGCCAAAGGCUUCAGGGAAAAUGGAAUGAACUGCAAAAAACAAAGAGAGGCAAGGCAGAAGAGGAAACAGCCCUAUCAAGAAGAACCUCUCGACAUAGAGUCAUGUGACCCAUGUGAUUCCACAGAGGUCCUAUCACAGACUAUGGUACUGCAGAGUACCACUCUGCCUUUACCCGAUUCAGGCUACUGCACUGAUGUGGCAUCUUACCCAGAGCAGACAGAACAGCAGCAUAGCUCUGCGCAAGAAUUUCUGGGUUCCCAGAUGACCCAGAUACCCGAGAUCUCAGAGAUUCCAGAUUCCAGAGAAAACCGACCUCAGGCUUCAGAUAAUGAUAUGAACAGUGGAUUGCUUCAUGGGUCUGCCCAAAUGAUGGAACUUUCCUCAUACUCCACGUUUACAUCCCCUCCAAUUACAUCCUCAUCUCACCCACCUGUGCCUCUUCCUCAGCCAACAUCCCUCUAUUCCUCAGUGUCCUCCACUCAGGCACCCGAUCUAUCAUCCUCUCAUUCUGACCCAUCCCCUCUGCAAGAUUAUUCUUCCAUAGCUUCCUCCCACUAUCCUAUCCUGAAUUCCUCUUCUUCAAUCACAUCUUCCUCUACCUCUCCCCAGGCUUCUACAUAUCCCCCCAUCUCUCAUUCCUCUUCUUCUCCUCAGUUGGCACCUUCCUCCUCUUACACCCUGUCCUUUCAUCCAAGAACACCUAGGUCCUCAGACACCAUACAAAUCCAUCCUUCCAAUCUCUUCCCUCAACCUUCUUGCCAGUCCAUCAAUGGCUGUUCUUCCAGUCUUUCCAUAGACACAGCUCAGAACCAAGCUGUUGAUGGAAGUUUGGUCAGUACACCCUCUUCUGUCCAAGACGCAGCACCGACUGCCUUCCUUCCCCCAGUGCAGUCAUCUAACAACCCUGAUCCCACUACGCCUCCAUCCCAAGUCAUUCCCCAAACUGCUUUCCCCUUUCCUCCAGUUCCACAGGCAAACCCUAAUAAUGGCACACCAGAUUCAAAUCCAAUCCCAACAGCAUUCCCUUUUCAUUCUGUGCCGCAAACCAAUUCCAACCCUGUAACUACCCCAUCUGAACUGAACACUAACACAACUGCCUUUCCUUUCCCAACACAGCCCAACAAUCCAAGUUCUUUGCCUAGGCAAACCCCAGCAGCAUGCUCUUUCACAACCACUCAACUAUCAUCAACUUCUCAUCUAAACCCUUCUCCAUCUUUCCAAAACCCAACACAUUCAACAACUGAAUCCUUCAUCUCCAUCCCAACAAUCAAUUCUACCACUUCUCUGCCAACACAUGCAAUCCCUGGGCCCAUUCCUAACUCUGUCCAACCCCCUCACACAUCUCAUCCCUUCCCAACUUCCAUCCCAUCCGGUUCCUAUCCUCUCCAGAAUCUAGGUAUGCCAGCUAUUGGCCCUUCUCAUGGUAUUCCAGCUAUUCCAAAUAUGGUCCAAAUCCAGCCCACUAUCCCUCAGUCACUACCAGUCUCCUCUUUCUCUCAUGUUCCUCCCCAAUGUGCAAAUCCUUCUCAAGUCCCAGCACAACCCUUUGUGUCUAUACAGGCUUCCACAACUUCCCAUUUUCCACAUGCAGCCCUACAAAACCACUCUGUCCCCCCAGGUCCAACCCAUGCCCAGUAUCCUGCUUCUUUCAAUGCAUAUCCUCCUGUUGCUCCAUCUGAGAUCGGGUCUUUUUCUCAGAUGAAUCCAGCUGCUCCCUACCUGCCUGACAUGGUACUGCACCCUUCCCUUCUCCCUCCUUUAGAUCAUGCUCUUCCAUCGUCUACUCCCCCUUCCCGCUAUAACCCCUUUCCUUCCUAUCCUCUCCGCCUAUGCCAGGACCCUCGGACCUCUUUUCAUUUACCACUCAGACAUCUUUACAGACAGCCCCAGCAUGUACACUCCUAAUAAAAGGGCCCCUACCUGGACCUGGGAGGAAGGGCAGCAUUCUGA